AUGUAUUUGCCAAAUAUGCACCUGUGGGAUCUAGUUAAGAGUAGGACAUUCCAGUUUUCUUUCUUUGAAAUUUUAUUUAAAUUUGUAUUAAUAGUGAAUACCUGUAUCAUCUAUAAAACUAUCAGGCGCCAUCGAUGCCCUCAUAAACCAAUAACUGCCAAGAAAACACCGUUAAAAGAUUGUUUAAUAACAGAAUAUCAAACGUCGUACAAACAAAACGAAGGAUUUCAACCACCUCAACCAGUUAAACCGAUGGAAAUGUCUCGACCUCAGACAUCGCCUAUGGACUUAACCACCACUAACAGAGUUGAUUAUAAAGUAUAUAAUGUUCAAUUGCCUCCCAAAAAAAAUCAAGUAACAUUUGAAACUCCGCAAGGACCACUAUAUUUAGAAUCAACUUAUAGAAAUGUUUAUACAGCAAAAUCUAUAACAAAAGAAAAGAGCUAUAAAACUCGAUCGGAGUAUAUUGUCCCGGCAGCCAAAUUUAAUGGUAGUACUGUUAAUCGAGAUAGCUUCAAAACGUGGAGUGUUGCUCCUAGGAAAGCUAUUAAACCAGAUUAUGAUAAAACAUGUGCCUUAAUAGUAUUCGACAAUGAUGAUGGCAGAUCAGAUGGUAAAUCUACCGCACAAGUUGAUUUUCCAAAGUAUGCCGUCGCAAGACCUGUUAUUGUUAAACCUGUAAUAUCAAGCUAUCAGUCAGGGGGUGAGUUCGAUUCAAAUACGAUACACAGACUUUGUUAUACCGCUAAACAGGUCCCGAUAUUUCGACACAAAGUAGCAGAAAAGUAUAAACCCCAUGCGGGUGAAAUGGAGUCUUUGACAACUCAUAAGCAAGACUUUAUUCAACAUCGUUGUUCGCCGGUUACAACAUGUAAGCCACCCGAAAAAUCUCAUAUAUCAGAUGAGAAGUCGCAUUACACUACAACUAAUCGAGAAACGUUUAAAGCUUGGGAUGUGCGCAGGCCAAUGUAUAUGGAUCAAAUGGAGCAAUAUAAGAUACCAGAUAAGCCAAUGGAAUUUAAUACUGUUUCACGAUCGACCUAUGUUCAUCACGAGAACUUUGAGAAAAGAUCAGCUAAUAAGCCCCAACCAGUCGCUGUCAGUAAUGAUAAUCGACAACCAUUCCAAGGUUUGACAACCAGUAGAUCGGCUUAUCAACCUUGGGAAACUUCACGAUCUCAACCGAAUCGUGAACAACGUAUUUAUGCUCCACCUCAGGAUAAAUUCAAUGGUGAAUCAACUCAUCGUGCGUGCUUUCAGGGACAAUUUGUACCUCCAGCAGCAAGUAGUAAACCUAAGGAAACUUAUGUUAAAGCUGAAGGAGAUAUGUACUUGAUGAGCAGUUACCGCGAUAAUUAUAAAAAUAAUGAAAUACCUUAUUGUCCGGCUGUACCACUUCUUUCAAAUAGACUACCUAGUAAUCAGCCUAAUUUUAAGUACUCGCAUAAAAAUCAAGGUGGACAUAAAUUUUACAGGAUGACCAUAGAAAAUAAGGAUACAACGAUGACAGUUGAUAUUCCUAACCAGCCUUCCACUAUUACAGUCUCGGUACCUAGCUAA